AUGGCAUCAACAGGAACUACCGAUAGCGAUCUUGUAAAGAAUGCAAAGGCGACUGCAGCAUCAGCAAAGACAGCUGUGGGGGAACAGACUGCUAAGGUUACAACCGCUGCUGGGGGUGUUCAGAAAACCGUAGGAGAGUACGUGGACAAGGCUGCUGAUUAUGUUCAUUCCAAACCAGAUCCACCACCUGCUGAACCAGGUGUUUUUAGUGGUGUUGCCAAGGCUGCUGGUGAUGCUCAGAAGACUGUAGGAGAGUUUGUUACCAAGGCUGUUGAUUAUGUUACUCCCACUCCCAAACCAGAAGGCCCAGUCGCUAAAACAGAAGCUGCGGUUACUGAUGCUAAAAAGGCUGCUGGAGACGUGUUUAAAAAAUGA